GCGGCCGCCUUGGGUAAAGUGAGGGGUGGGCUUCCUUCACGUCGCCGGCCGCGCGUCCCCAUGAGGAGAAAGAGGCGGCGGCGGCGGCGGCGGUCGGGCGGGCGAGCAUGGGCUCGUUGAGCAGCCGCGUGUGGGGCCCCCGAGCCGGGGCGGCUGAGGGGGCGGAAGCGGCGGGGGGUCGGAGGGGCGACGGGACCCUCCCCAAACGGAAGCGCGGCGAGGGGCUGAGCGAGAGCGAGAGCGGCGAGGAGAGCGACGGCGAGGAGCGGCUGCUCAACACCCCCAGGAGGAAAAAGCUAAAAAGCACUUCGAAGUAUAUUUAUCAGACUCUGUUUCUGAAUGGUGAAAACAGUGAUGUUAAAAUAUGUGCCCUGGGAGAAGAAUGGAACUUGCACAAGAUAUACCUCUGUCAGUCUGGCUACUUUUCAAGUAUGUUCAGUGGGUCUUGGAGAGAAUCAGGAAUGGACACAAUAGAAUUGGAAAUUCCUGAUCAGAAUAUUGACAUAGAAGCCUUACAGGUUGCCUUUGGCUCACUUUACCGGGAUGAAGUGUUAAUAAACCCUAGUAGAGUCAUUGCCCUCCUGGCAGCUGCCAGCAUGCUACAGCUGGAUGGCUUAAUACAGCAGUGUGGUGAGACAAUGAAGGAAACAAUCAAUGCAAAAACUGUGUGUAGCUACUAUAAUUCCGCGGGAACAUAUGGAUUAGAUUCUUUGAAAAAAAAGUGUCUUGAGUGGCUCUUGAAUAAUCUGAUGACCCACCAGAGUGUGGAACUCCUCAAAGAACUCAGCAUCAACCUCAUGAAACAGCUGAUCAGUUCCUCUAACCUGUUUGUCAUGCAAGUGGAGAUGGACAUAUAUACUGCUCUAAAGAAGUGGAUGUUCCUUCAGCUGGUGCCUUCUUGGAAUGGAUCAUUGAAACAGCUUUUAAGUGAAGCAGAUUCCUGGUUCUCCAAACGCAGGAAAGAUUUUGAGGAUGGGAUCUCAUUCUUGGAAACGGAACAAGGAUAUGCAUUUAUACCCGUGUUCAAAUAUCUGAGGCUGCAGUAUAUAAUCAGCGAUCUGGCAUCCGCAAGAAUUAUUGAACGAGACAGCCUGAUCCCUGCAGACUGGCUGUUCUCUGUUUACAAACAGCAGUGGUUUGCCAUGCUUAGAGCAGAACAAGACAAUGACGUUGGGCCUCAAGAGAUUAAUAAAGAGGAACUAGAAGCAAACAGUAUGCGGUGUGGCAGAAAACUUGCCAAAGAUGGUGAUUAUUGCUGGCGAUGGACAGGCUUCAACUUUGGCUUUGAUCUGCUGGUCACGUACACCAAUCGUUACAUUGUCUUCAAACGCAACACGCUAAACCAGCCCUGCAGUGGCUCCGUCAGUUUGCAGCCCCGGAGAAAUAUCGCUUUCAGGCUGCGCCUGGCUUCUUUCCAUAGCAGUGGAAAGCUUAUUUGUAGCAGAACUGCAGGAUAUCAAUUACUAACCCUCGAAAAAGAUCAGGAACAAGUAGUGAUGAAUUUGGACAGCAGGCUGCUGGUCUUCCCUCUGUAUAUCUGCUGCAACUUUCUGUAUACCUCCGCCGAAAAGAGGAGAGAAAACGAUGGGCAGUGAGAUAACCCAGCCAGCUGAGAUUGACUUUUGAAAUGUCUUUGUGUGGUCAUUUUCAUUUGGAAGCUCCUGGUGCCUUGAAAGAAACAUCGUGAAAUGCUCUUAUCUAUUGAAGAAAAAGAGAGAGGAAUCUGAUAUCCUAUGAUUGUCAGCUCCGGCAGCUCCAGCCGGCAUGACUAACCGGUGAGGUAUGUUGGGAGCUGUAGUUUUUGAGGAAUUGUGAGCCACAGGUUCCCCACUCCUGCUGCAGCAGAUAAAUGCGAUGCCCACCUCACCUCUCUACAUUCCUAUGCCUGUCUGAAUUUUCUCCUGUGAAUUCUCGGCCCUAGAGAAUGACACAGACUAUAUAAGGAUUGCCACCAGUUUCUUGACAGUACAGAAAUACUUAUUAACUGAGCCUGCUUAAUUAAAAGGGAGUAGGAUGAUAUAUCAAUAAAGCCCACAAAUUAACUUUAAUAGAGAACACCGUUUUUUUAUGGUCUCUUGAUUUGUUCUUCUGACCAAGCCCUUCAUUGUUAAGGGUCAGUUCCUGGCUUGAUGAAAUCUCUGGAUUGUCUUUAAUUCAUUAUACCUGUAAAUACUUCCUAUUGAGUUGAAAACUUUGUAUAAUAUAUCCUGUUUUGUUUCCGAGAAAUAUAUAUAUAUAUUUUUAAACAUUGGUUGUAUUUUUUUAAGAGUCAUUUUGUAGAAUCCAGCUGCCUCAAUUCAGUAUUUUUAAUUCAUCAGAUCCAUCAUUUAAUUCUUGGAUAUACUUUUUUAACUUUUUGGGUUUUGACUUGGAAAAAAAAAAAGCACUCCCAAACCCCGAAGCGAGUGGGUCAGCCUCUGCUAGUCAGGCGGCUACGUCCAGCCCAGGAGAAAAGGGGCUAUAGCUGAGAAUGGCCUUUUGACCCGCAGGUCUCUCUGAUCUCUUCUGAUCUGUGGCCAGAAGGGCCCCGGAGAGGGGGAAAUCCUGGAUCCCGGGUAGCCUUCAAGGCACCCAAGUCCCAGGGGACUGAAGGUACACGCCACGGGUCUCAGGACUUCAAAAACUAGCCUGUUAAAUAGAAUCAUUGAAAGGCCUUUUUUUUUUACUGAACUCUGACUCAAGGGAAAAUGUAAACCCCAUCUUCAGGAAUUUAGAACUUUUUGAGUUGUAUUUUUUAUUUGAACACUUUCUUUACUUUGCAUAAGAUAAGAUUGCUAUUCCAAAAAUCGUCUAUCCUUAAACACUUGCUAUAAUAUUUAAUUCAAAAUAUAUCCCUCAUUGAGUUAUGAAGGUAAAAUGUCUGGUUCAAGACAGUGAAACAGUGACAGAUUGAGAAUAAACUAUCUGUUGCUUAGACUUUUUCAUUGUUUAUUUUGUUUUGGGGAGGAUUCAUUAAAAACAAUUGUUAAUCCUGGCUUAUAUGCC